UGUCAACCACACUUUUCUUUUCCUGUUUUACAUAUAAUAUCAUUUUUUAUAAAAUAAUAACAAUUUUGAAUAAGAUAAUCGAACAUAAAAGAGCUUUUUUAUUGUGACGUUUAUAAACAAUAAUUGUUAAUUUUAAUAGAAUAUUUUGUAUUUGAUGUUAUUGUAAUAGAUUAUAUAAAUUAGGAAGAGACGUAAAAGCAAACAUUUUCCGUUUUGAUAGGGAAUGUAGCUGUGAGUGUUUGUGAAUAAUUCUGUUCUCCGCGUCCUCCUUUCAAAUCUGUUCUCUUUCUCAUCUUCCUCGCUUUCAUUCAUAUUGCGAUCUUCCUAUGCUAAUGGCUUUUAACUCUCCUCACAAACAUGACUGCUUUCAAUCUCAAUAGAACCGUUUCCUUCAACAGACGGAAUCUCUCUCUUUCUCUCGGAAGUCCCAAACCUAUUCCCAACUACCGCUUUGGAUGCGUCUCUCUCAGUCUCAGGUUUCAAGUUCUUGUUAUCAUUGCCUCUGUUUUUUCCUUCUUCAUUGCCAUUGGUUGUGGUUACAUCUAUCUUCUUCCUAGUCUCACUCGUGCUUUUUUCAACGGCCAAUCUUUUUUUUCUGAUUACAACAACAAUCGUUCUUCCUCAUCAUCACUUCUAACAAACUGCGAUGUCUUUGAUGGAACGUGGAUUCAGGUUUCUGGUUACCCUUUGUACAAUGCAACCGAGUGUCCUUUUGUUGAGCAAGGUUUUGAUUGUUUAGGAAAUGGAAGGAUUGAUAAAGAUUUUUUAACAUGGAGGUGGAAACCUAAGACUUGUGAAAUUCCUAGGUUUGAUGUUCGUGUUGUUUUGGAAAUGUUGAGGAGUAAAAGGGUUGUUUUUGUUGGUGAUUCAAUGAGUAGGACUCAAUGGGAGUCUUUGAUUUGUAUGUUGAUGACUGGUGUGGAAGAUAAGAUGAGUGUUUAUGAAGUCAAUCACAAUCAGAUUACAAAGAGGAUUAGGUUUUUAGGAGUUAGGUUUAGUGAUUUCAAUUUUACAGUUGAGUUUUUUAGAUCGGUUUUCUUGGUGCAACAAGGUCACGUUCAUGAACAUGCACCAAAGAGGGUUAAAUCAACACUUUUGUUGGAUAAGUUAGAUGAUAUAAGUCAUCAAUGGGUUGAUUCAGAUAUUCUUAUAUUCAACACUGGUCAUUGGUGGGUUCCAUCUAAGCUUUUUCACAUGGGUUGUUAUUUCCAGGUUGGAAACUCUCUGAAGCUUGGGAUGUCAAUUCCUGCCGCCUAUAGAAUAGCACUUAAAACUUGGACAUCAUGGGUUGAGAGAGAGAUUGAUAAAAAUAGAACGCGCGUCUUUUUUAGGACUUUUGAGCCAUCUCACUGGAGUGAUCAUACCCGUAGGACUUGCAAUGUAACCCAGUACCCAACAUUCGAAACUGAUGUAAGGGACCAAAACUUGUUUUCAGACACAGUUUUGGAAGUUGUAAAGAAUGUUGCUUUUCCUAUAAAUGUUCUCCAUGUUACGUCUAUGUCAGCUCCCCGCAGUGAUGCACAUGUUGGUAACUGGAAUGACAAUCCAUCUAUUCAGGAUUGCAGUCAUUGGUGUUUACCUGGAGUGCCUGAUAUGUGGAAUGAAAUCAUCCUGUCUCAACUUUUUACUGAAUAUGAAAUCCCUUUUUCGGCAAAUGGAACCACACCAUUAGAUGAAUAACAUUCUUGGUAAUUAUUACGAGGCUGGCUACCUCAAAAAGUUCAAACUAAUUUUAAGAAGUAUGGAUCAGAUUUCAUACAGGUGCUAACAGCAUAAAUCCAGAGCCAUCUCAUACUGCAAUUGUUGACUUCUGCCAUCUACAUCGGUUUUCUGUGACACUCAAAACUGCACCAAAUUUUGUGAAUGUAAGCCCCAGAUAUAAAUUGAAAUUGUACCUAAUUGUCUACAACAGAAAGAUGAGACAGAAAGUAAUUUUUUAAUUAAUUUUCCCAUUCUUUGUAUCCUGAAAAAGGUAUUGUCUGGGAUGUAACAAUUUUGUCUGCAUGUCGUGAUUUUUUGUUUUGGUCUUGGUAAUGCUAUUGUUCUGCAUAACAAAGAGAAAGAGAAGAAUAGUUAUAAAUUAGAAUCAUUCAACUUAUGUUCUAGAUUGUCUCAACUUAUUAAGUAGUAUCUUUUGUUAUUUGAAUGAACUCGUGGUUAAAUUUCUGCUUCAUGUUCA